AUGUCUCUUUCGCUCUCCCAGAGGCUCCAGGCCCUCGCUGACUUGUAUAAAGAAGUUGUUGCCCAAAUCCAAGAACUCCGGAAAUUCAGUCCCGCAAAUGACACGUCCGGCAACCCAGACGAGCGCCGAAUUGAACUCGCAACAGAGAUCCACGACAGCCUGAAAGAGCAAGAAGACACUCUAGAAAUCCUCAGACAAGAGCUUGAAGACGAUACCUUUGCCGCCCACCGACGAGAUGCUUCCCCACGAGAGGCUGAACGCGAACGAAACGCAGACUUACUCCUGCUCUUGACUGAAGAUCUAAAGACAGCACGGGCCAGUUUCCGCAAGGCCCAAUUACAAGCCAAGCGCACUGCCGAUGCAGAAAAGCGCAAAGAGCGCGAAAAGCUCUUCGCCGAUAGAAAACAAGACGGUCAGGUCCUGCCCCGAGGACGAGCUACGCAUGAGAAAUUGACGCAAGACGAACUCGCGCUGCGCGCGGCGGAGGAUGUCACCAUGGCGCUGCGGCGCGUACACAAUCAGCUUGAGGGAGAAUUGUCGGUCUCGCAGUUUGCGCAGCAGACGUUGGAAGAAAGCCAACAAGCUCUACAGACUCUGACUACCAGUUAUGCAGGCACGACAGAUCUACUAAAGACUAGUAGGAGUUUCGUGGGGCAGUUGGUGAGAAGUAAUAAAUCGGAUACGUGGUUCUUGAAGACGAGUUUCUAUCUUCUCGCGGCGACAAUUGCGUGGUUGUUUUACCGGCGGAUCAUCUAUGGGCCGAUGAUGUUGUUCAUUAUUUGGCCCUUGCGGAUGAUGUGGUGGGUGUCGAUAAAGAGCUUUGGAGUGGUAGGACUGGGCGGCAGAUCUGACGUUACGGCGUUAUCUGCGCCUGUACCGACGCUGACACUUUCAAGGCCUGGUGGCAGUGUAGAGGGCAUGCCGACGAACGUGGGCGGCUCACAAAUAUACUUCAAAAGCAUGCAUCUACCAGCGAAGGGAGGGCGUGGGGGAGGUCCGCCACCGCAGGUACCACAGCAGGAGAUCGAAGAAAGCAUGAUUGAUAAGAUUGGACGGAUGAUGGAAAAUCAGCCGGAGGAAACACAACUUGAUGACAUAUCAGAGGAGCAGCGACGGCAGCAGGAAGACCAGCCCAGGAAUCCAAAGAAGCGGAUGAUGGAGGUAGAUGUAGAACCUGUUCGAGACGAGCUAUGA